AUAUUUAUGUUUUUAUGUGCAUAUAAUAAAUAAUACAUUCAAAAGCUCAACAACAACCAUAGCAAAACUAUGGGAAGCCUCCUAAAUGACUUGUUUGAUUGGAUUAUCUGUCUAAACUAUUUAUCCAACUUAAAAUUAUUCUUUGUUUCGUAGGCCUCGAUUACGAGGGAAGAAUUAACAAAUUUCUUUGUUAAACGAGAAGCAAAUACCUUCAAGGAAAAUGGCUCACUCAAAACUCUUCUUCUUCCCCUUCUUCCUUUUGUUGCUUCUUCAACCAUCUACAAACGGUGAAACAUGCCAGCAGGUUUCCUGCCGUGAUGUAAUAGUUGACUUCCCUUUCCGGCUAAGAGACCAACCGGACUGCUGCGGCAAUCCCAAUUUCAAUCUCUCAUGCACAAAGAAAUCCCGAACCACGAUCACUUUUCCUUUUAGUGGUGAUUUUAUUGUCGACGCCAUCGGUUACUUAGAGACAAAUUUACUGAUCAGCGACCCAGAGAAUUGCAUUGCAAAACAUCUCCUUCAGGGUUUAGAUCUCUAUGGCACUCCUUUUGAGCCACAAUACCCUGAAAGCUACAUCUUUUUCAACUGUUCCUCCUUUGUAUCAAUAGACUAUCCUGCAAUAUAUAUUUCAUGCCUUAGCGAUACAAACUUUAUGGUUUUUGCAAUCCCCACAAUUGCUUACAAUCAGUCGACCUCGUUGGGGUCAUGUCUAGAAAUAGCAACGAUUUUCGUCCCCCUUCCGGUUCAAAAUUGGCCAUACUAUCUUAGUGAGCUUCUGUUAACAUGGGAAGAACCAGAUUGCCAGUCGUCAUGUAACUGUGAAAACCAUUCGAGAUAUUGCGAAUUCACCGGUGGAUGCAAUGAUUUCAAAAAGAAAAGUGGUCUUUCAAACGGUGCCAAAUAUGCCUUAAUUUUUGCCCUGGGAACACCCCUCUUCUUCAUUGUGGUGUUUAUUAUUCAUCACAAGCUCAUUGUCCAUGGUAAUGAUCAGCGCCACCAAUCCACUGUCGAAAUAUCCAGCUUGGCUGCAGAGCCGCAAUUAGCCGCUCGUACUGUAAAUGGCCUCGAUGGAUCAAGGAUUGAAGCCUAUCCAAUUACUUUGCUUGAUGAAAGCUGCCGGCUUCCAAGGCCUAAUGAUAAUACUUGUUCAAUAUGUCUAUCAGAAUAUCAAGCCAAAGAGACAAUAAGAACAAUACCUGAUUGCGAUCACUACUUUCAUGCUGACUGCAUAGAUGAGUGGCUUAGACUAAAUGCAGCAUGCCCUGUCUGUCGCAAAUCGCCAGAUCAAGAGUCUGCUUUAAUAAUCCAUUCUACAGUACCCUCUUCAUCACCACCACCACCACCACUAUAGAUGAUUAAUUCUACAAAAAUGUUUGUAAUUAUUUUGGGGUACAGUAUAUGUUUGUAUUAUACGUAGUGUUAAUCUCCAAAAUAUUCCAAAUUAAUUUGUUAAGUCCCUCAUUUACCGGUCAGCCCUGUACGUACAAACUUUUAUCCUUGCAGUGUUAUACUUCGAUCAUACAUGGCGGCUGGAACCUUAAUUUUCUAGAAAAUGAUCCGGCCUUGCUGCCACCAACCACAAUCUCCCUCACCUAUUCCAACAGUUGAGCUCCGAGAAAUUCUCAAAAUACUAUAAAAAUUACCUACUCUUUUGACUCAUUUCCAUUGAACCAUUAUAAAUGGACACCAGGAAAGUUUCGAAGAAAAACAAAUCAUACAUCUCUUUUUGCCGUACGAGUAAGCAUAAAAUGACACCUUUGAACUCUUCUUUAUGUCCUCUCUCUCAUUUUCUUUGGAUCAUACAAUUUAUUAUAAAAUUCUUUAAUUUUUCUUUGUGUACUUACUAGUCAUGAAAGCUUGAAAGGCAAAGAUAAUUUUUGUGGCUUUCAUUUAGCGCCAUAUGGCUCUCUUUAAAACAACCUACCUAUCCUUAUCUUAUCCUUUCUUUUACUCUCUCUUCAACCAUCAACAAGCGUUGAAAUUUUCCGUGUUUCAUAUGGGAACCAAUGGAUUCGCUUCCCUUUCUGUCUCAACAACCAACCUGAUCGCUGUGGCUAUCCCCGCUUCAAUCUCUCCUGCAGAAAUCAAAUUUUGUUGAAAAAGAAUGAAUUUUAUUGGUGGCUAAUUAAACAAAAAAUCCAUGGCGCUAAUACUUGGCAUACGUUUAUAUUCUGAUGAUUUAUUAGUUUGAUUAUGCACUCAGAUACUAUAUGCAAAAAAAUCUUUUUCAAAAUGAAAAAAAAUCAACGAACGUCAAUUUGAUUAAGAACUACAUAAUUAAAGUUGGUUUACCUUUUCAAGGGACUUAGCAGUUCUUCAAUUCCAAAAAUUAUUGUAAGAUGUUAAAAGGCCGGCAGGAGUCCAUUGGCCAUUGAGCUAUGGCCUUUGCUCAAAACAAAUCCAUCACCCUUUCAUGAAAAUUGAAAGGUGAAAAAGAAAAAGAAAGCAAUGGGAGUCGAUGAUUGGGCUAAGCUGGACCCAAAAUUAUCAAAGGAGGUCCAUUCUAUCGACGUCAAAAGGACGGGAUUACCCUUGAAAGUUUCUAUAUGUUGAGGACAACAAAAGAAAAGUACAAGGAACUCAACUCAAAAGCGGGGAGUUAAACCCGGUUCUGUUCAAAAUUCUGUUCGGAGAGCGCCUUGUUCGUUUGAGCACCUGAUAGAACCUUCUAUCUGUCGAACACAAGAGAUAGAAACGUCGAAUUUUUGCACCUUCUUUCCGGUAUUAUUUUAGUUGUUUACUCUGUUUUCGUGUCCAAGAUUUUACUUUAGAAAUCUUAGUGUACUGCUAUUUUAGUUUUUUUUUUUUUCAUUUUUAAUAUGUUUUUUCUGCA